GAAGCAAAAGCUGGAGCCCUACUCGGCCCCAGCGGGGCCAACAAGACUCGGAAGUUACAGUUGAGAUAAAGACUGUAAAGGCUGGAGCCUCCCGCCCAGGCUCCAGCACGCCUCGCGGGUUCUGAGGCUUCUGACAGCCUCUCUUGGUGCAGACUUGGGGGAAAGAACGGGGCCGUUUCCCUCUAUUCUCUAGCUUAUCCAUGUUUGUCUGUGGUAGGGGGUCACCACCGAGACCACCCUAACCAGAGCCCCUGCGGAGACUAAGAUAGGCGUUUUGUCACUCAGCAGCGCUUUUCUGUUGCCAUGUCCAGGGAUGCCUUGGCCUGUGGUCUGCCCACAUGGCCAGAUCUCUGCCGCCCUGGAUGUUCGGCUCAGGCCUGUGGCUCUCAUCGGAGCUACCGGUAUCUCUCCUCCGGCAAAUAAAGGCUCCCAGCACCCCUUCCUGCCUCAAGUAAGAGCUCUAUUAGGAGCAGGGGAAUAUGAAAACAGUGGUAGGUCCCAGCGAAAGGGCAGUACUUUCCCCUGCUCCUUGGAGUCCUGAGGGCAGGAGGCCAGGUGAUAAGCGGGCUGUUCUCAUCCCCUCAACCAAAACCGACCCAUUCUCUCCCCACCCCCACCCAGACGGCAAUCUGGCGACACUGGACACUGUUUUCUUCCUCCUCCCUCUCUCUCCUUUUUUAUUUUUAAAGAAAAUAGCUGCCUGGCAGAAGGCCCCCAGCUGCAGUGAACUCCGGAGGCCCAGCACGCUCAGCAAGGCGCCGCUGGUCCUCAGAACCCCUUCCCAGGGCCUGGCAAAUUCUAAAACUACCCCCAACACCAGCGAGAGGCCUUGAGCGGGGCCUCUCAGUGCAAUAGCAGUGUCUGGUGAGGAGGCUCGAGCAGGUUCUGCCUUGAUCGAAACUCUCAGAACCAGUUUCCACCAUUUUUCCCCUGGCAAGUAGAACAGGAGCUCCUCCUCUGAGAUCCUUGUCUUGCUCUGUCAUUGCCUGGACCUGCCUAAAGAUAGGAAGGAGAUCAGGAAGAGGGGUCCAAUCGUCUAAGGCGCCCAGGAGAAGGGAAAGCUUCUCCUGCGAACCCUUGCUAAGCCUGUAAGCUAUGGAUAGGUCACUGCAGCGGGGUCAGGAAGCAGGCCAAGCCAAGCUCACCCGGAAACCCACUGCAAUAAUUGUUUUUCUCAUACACCUUCCAACCAUCCCGUGUCCCCAUUUCCGCCCCCAAUUUGGAGAUUUGCUAAACCUGAGAAAGGGAAAAGCAAUUCAAUCUUUGAUCAUCUAUCUACCAGAGUUAAAAUAACAAUAAUAAUGAUGGAAAGUGCAAGGAGGACACAAACAGAGACACUAGGUCCACACCCAAAAAAAUGAGUAAAGGCUCAGUUGCAUCCCUCCUUUGAAAGACUAAACCCGACGGGUGAGCCUAGGCCGGGUUUCUUUCUCCCAAGGCGUUUGCAGAGAGUCAGCAGGGAGGCAGCGGUCGCCGCCAUGGCGGUCUGUGGCCCGCGCUCCCGCCGAUCGCCGGAAGGUGGCGCGCUCUGCUUAGAGGCCGCCGCCAACCUUCGCCUGUUUCUCCCCCUUCUCCUUUUUUCCCCCUCUCUCCGAGGCUCGCAUUGAAUCGGCCCUAACGAUUCUCGGAUCGUCAUUAUUUGUAACCAUAGAGCAUGAAUUACCUCUUGAGGUCAUCAGCGAGAAUUUACGACUGGUCAACAAAAGCACGUGAUUCCCUAACGCCCCCCCAUCCCCCUUCCAACCCCCCCCCCAUAUUUGGCCGCAUACAUAGCAAAACGAAGUACAGUGCAUCGCUAUAAUUCAUUAAUACAUCAUAAAUCGUGAAGCACAGGGUUAUAACGACCACGAUCCACAAAUCAAGCCCUCCAAAAUCACCCAAAUGAGCUCGUACUUUGUAAACUCCUUCUCGGGGCGUUAUCCAAAUGGCCCGGACUAUCAGUUGCUAAAUUAUGGCAGUGGCAGCUCUCUGAGCGGCUCUUACAGGGAUCCCGCUGCCAUGCACACCGGCUCUUACGGCUACAAUUACAAUGGGAUGGACCUCAGCGUCAACCGCUCCUCGGCCUCCUCCAGCCACUUUGGGGCGGUGGGCGAGAGCUCGCGCGCCUUCCCCGCGCCGGCUCAGGAGCCCCGCUUCAGGCAAGCGGCGUCGAGCUGCUCCCUGUCCUCGCCCGAGUCCCUGCCCUGCACCAACGGCGACAGCCACGGCGCCAAGCCCUCUGCCUCGUCCCCCUCCGACCAGGCGACCCCGGCCAGCUCCAGCGCCAAUUUCACCGAAAUAGACGAGGCCAGCGCGUCCUCGGAGCCUGAGGAAGCGGCGAGCCAGCUCAGCAGCCCGAGUCUAGCUCGGGCGCAGCCAGAGCCCAUGGCCACCUCCACAGCCGCGCCCGAGGGGCAGACUCCGCAGAUAUUCCCCUGGAUGAGGAAGCUUCACAUCAGCCAUGAUAUGACGGGGCCGGAUGGGAAAAGGGCCCGGACCGCCUACACCCGCUACCAGACGCUGGAGCUGGAGAAGGAGUUUCACUUCAACCGCUACCUGACGCGGCGGCGGCGCAUCGAGAUCGCCCACGCGCUCUGCCUGUCCGAGCGCCAGAUCAAGAUCUGGUUCCAGAACCGGCGCAUGAAGUGGAAGAAAGACAACAAACUGAAAAGUAUGAGCCUGGCUACAGCCGGCAGCGCCUUCCAGCCCUGAGCCCGCCGGGAGGAGCCCUGGGCGGCCGAGCCCCUCCCGCCCCCAGUCCCGGCCCCUCCAACCUCCCCGCGCUGCCGCCGCCCGCUGGGGACCGCUUCCCACCAGCCUGCCUCACCCCGGCCUUGUGUUCCGUUUUUUCGUUUGGUCUUAGGUCUUCCUGUGGCUCCCUCUCUCCUGGACUGGUUAAUCUUGUUAUUAUUGUUCAUAAUAAUGAUGAUAAUUAUUAUUUCCCCCUCCGCUCGCCCCAAAUCCACCAGUGUUUCUGAAUGAUGUGGUUGCACUCCUUCCCCACGAAAAAAAGAAACUCGCAUGUUUAAUGUGAACUUUCCCCUCCCCAUCUAUGUCCUUCUAACUUAUUUAUAAAGGAUGAUCGCUGUAUUUUGAGUUUCAGCUCUAAACUUCUCUAAGGGGCAGCAGCUGAGGUGGGGUAGUGCGUGCACAGCCCCGGGGCCCAGCUGAGCUGGCCUCAAAGAUGGAGUCCAUGACUGAGUCUCUUUCCACCCUCCUCCCUCCUCACUCCCAAGGUCCAAGUCUCUAAGUGGCUUGGUUCUGGGGUGGGAAGAGGCCUGGGAGGACCAAAGGGGUGGUGGUGAGAAGAGGGAAGGAAAACAGUGAGAUCUGAGUUCCUGCCGCCUAGGUAGGCCCCACAAGGCCUGAUCUGGGAGUGUGUACGGAAACAAAACUAAUCCUCAGUGUAAAAUGUCUGUGUAUUUCUCUGUGAAGCCAUGGGUCUGGCGUAGAGGGCCCCAACCAAGCUUGUAAAUAUGGGGAUAGUCUGGGUCAGACCCACCCCCUCCCCCUACCCAUUUCGCUUCCAAGACCAUUUGUGGUGAGCGAGUGGAUGCUGUGCUAUGUGUGAAAUCUGUCUUCGCCGGGCCUGUCUCAGUGAUUCGCUUUUGGUAUUUGUUUGUAGCUUUCCUUGAAGUCAAAUAAAUGUUUCCCCUAUUCCA